AUGGGCAAUUCCAAUUCUUGUUUUCACAUACCAUCGAGGUCUUCGCGUCGUAAAAAAAGACUCCAGCUCUCUCCCACAACAACUCUCACUAGCUUAUCCGAACCUACCCAACCAGCUAAACAGUUAUCGGAAACUACAGGAAUGAGGCUGAACUACUAUUGCGACAAUGAGGCGGUCGAGAAGGGAGUUGAAAAGAACGAGACUGGCAGGAAAUUGGAGUUGCCUGAAUUGGACAAGUACUCGUAUGUAUUGGGUUCUCUCGUACAGUCAAAGAGUGAAACAUUUAAAGCAGAUUCAACUAAUAACGUGGUGCUGAAUGCAAUCGCUGAGAAUGACAUAACCAAAGUGCUCUUAAGAAGAGAUAUCCGAAUUGCCGACUUGCACACAUUUAGUGAGAAGAUUGAAAUAGAGGGUAAAGCCACGGAUCAAAAAUCAUCGGGACGAUGUUGGUUGUUCGCUGCUACAAAUGUACUGCGAUUAUAUAUCAUGAAAAAAUAUAAUCUCGAUGAUUUCGAAUUAUCACAAUCGUAUUUAUUUUUUUACGACAAGUUGGAGAAAUCGAAUUGGUUCCUUGAAAAUAUGAUUUCACUCGUCGAAGAACCAAUCGAUUCUCGAUUGAUCCAAUAUCUCCUCUCUGAUCCAGUUUCCGACGGCGGACAAUGGGAUAUGGUGCUCAAUCUAGUCGGCAAAUAUGGCGUAGUUCCGAAAAGCGUUUUCCCCGAAACCUACCAAUCCUCAAACUCAUCUCGCUUGAACUCUAUUCUCAAGGCAAAAUUAAGGGAAUAUGCGCGUGAAAUAAGAGAGUUGCACAAACUCGGAAAGAACGUUGCAGUCAUGAGAAAAACAAAAAAGAAAAUGAUGGAAGAGGUCUAUAGAAUCGUUGCGAUUGCGCUGGGGGAGCCGCCCAAGAUGUUUGAUUGGUGCUUUAGAGAUAUAAGCGGCAAGUUUUGCGAGUAUACGAAUCUAACGCCCGAAAGGUUCUUUAAUGAAUUCGUUGGAUAUAAGGCCUCCGAAACCUUUUCUCUGAUAAACGAUCCCCGUAAUCCAUACAAUCGCCUAUACACUGUAGCCUAUCUCGGUAAUGUCUCGGGCGGACUUCCAAUCCGAUACGUCAACAUACCCUCUUCCAAAAUGCAAUCGAUAGCCAUAUCCGUCUUGCGUUCCAAAAAACCUGUUUGGUUCGGGGCUGAUGUCGGAAAAUUCUCCAAUUCGUGUCUCGGAAUCCUCGAUAACGAUAUUUAUGACUAUUCUCUUGGAUUUAAUAUUAGCUUCAACAUGAAUAAGGGAGACAGAUUGCAAUAUGCCGAGUCAUCGAUGACUCACGCAAUGGUGUUCACCGGUGUACAUUUGGAAGACGGGAAGCCUAUUAGAUGGAGAGUAGAAAAUUCAUGGGGUCAGGAUAGAGGUGAUGAAGGAUACUUUGUUAUGUCGAACGAUUGGUUCCAUGAAUGGGUUUAUCAGAUUGUAGUUGAAAAGGGGGACGUCGAGAAAGAGGUGCUGGAUGUAUUAAACCAGGAACCUAUAGUAUUAACAGCAUGGGAUCCGUUGGGGUCGUUAGCUAUUGAGUAG